AUCUCUGCCAAAACUAUGGCGCUCACAUACAGAUUGCGUCCCUCGCGCACUCGUCAUCCGGCGCACACCUAUGAGGACAACUAUGGCUACACAAUGAACUUCUACCAGCCCAUGCUCGACUACUUGGAUGCGAAGACAAAGAAACUGAAUGUCGAUCCGCCGCACUUACCGUGGUCGAGCGAACGCGGUCUGCGACAGUACCGCCCCUCGAAUCCCGUACGCCGCUACGAUCCCGACGAGGUGUUGCGCCUGUCGCGUGCCUGUGCCCAUCGUGCAGAUGAGAUUUUGCUUGACUUUCGCGUUAAGAAGCGAACGCCAUUCAGUGUGAUAAAACUCGCCGACGCAGCGCGUGUUCACAAGCAUAUUGAACCGGAUUCGGUAGUAGAUCGCUCACGUGAACGUCGUCGCCGCCGUCAGCAGGAUUUAGAGGACCUAAUACGUCAAGACACUAUACGAAUACUGCAACGCAUACGCAGAAUGGAGUUGGACAAUGAUGUUAGCCGCAUGACGGACGAAUUCAAGCGUUCGAUUCGCGGCAAAUCCGCCACUGCCAUCGCUCAGGCGCUCAUCUCCGAAUCGGAGCGCAACAUCAAGAGCGCCAAGCGCGAAGAGGAGGACUUCCUAGCCCAAACCCUAAUAAGGUCUAGCCGUGCUGCAAGCCGCGCACGAUCCGGUUCGCCGGAGGGUCGCAUCUCUUCGCAUGGCUAUCAUUUGGAAUUGAUGGAUGAGCGCCUCGUCGAUAAGUUGGACCACCGUGUCUCCUCGUCGUUGUACAAUGUCAAGCGUCAGCUGUCGACGCUCAACCAGAAGACAGUGGAAUUUUACGCAGAUUCCAGCAAGCAAACUGCCAUCGAAAUCGAACAAUUGAAUGCUCGCGUCGUUGAAGCCGAGACCCGCUUGAAGACCGAAGUUCAACGCAUCAAGAAGAAGUUGCAGGUGCAAAUCACCGAACUGGAGAUGUCCUUGGAUGUGGCCAAUAAGACCAAUAUCGAUUUGCAAAAGGUUAUCAAGAAGCAGUCAUUGCAAUUGACCGAAUUGCAGGCCCACUACGAGGAUAUCCAACGCCAGUUGCAGGCCACUUUGGAUCAGUACAAUGUGGCUCAGCGCCGCUUGGCUGCACUCAACGGUGAACUGGAAGAAGUCCGCUCGCAUUUGGACAGCGCUACACGUGCUAAGCGCACGGUUGAAUUGCAGUACGAGGAGGCGCAGACCCGCAUCAAUGAACUGAGCAUCGUUAACGUCAACUUGGUGUCGUUGAAGUCGAAGUUGGAACAAGAAUUGUCGGUUGUCGCCGCUGAUUACGAGGAAGUCACCAAGGAAUUGAGAAUUAGCGACGAACGCUACCAGAAGGUUCAGGUUGAACUCAAGCACACAAUCGAGCAAGUGCAUGAAGAACAGGAGCGCAUUGUCAAAUUGGAAACCAUCAAGAAGUCGCUGGAAGUUGAAGUCAAGAACUUGGCCAUCCGUCUGGAAGAGGUUGAGAUUAACGCUGUUGCUGGCAGCAAGCGCAUCAUCAGCAAAUUGGAAGCCCGCGUCCGCGAUUUGGAAUUGGAGUUGGAGGAAGAGAAGAGGAGACACGCCGAAACCAUCAAGAUCUUGAGAAAGAAGGAGCGCACUGUCAAGGAAGUAUUGGUACAAUGCGAGGAAGAUCAGAAGAACAUCAUCUUGUUGCAGGAAGCUUUGGACAAGUCUACCGCCAAGGUUAACUUGUUCAAGCGCCAGCUGUCCGAACAGGAGGGUAUGUCUCAACAGUCCGUGACCCGCGUCCGCCGUUUCCAGCGUGAACUUGAAGCUGCCGAAGAUCGUGCCGAAUGUGCCGAGACCAACUUGAACAUGAUCCGCGCCAAGCACCGCACAUUCGUCACCACCUCCACAAUUCCCGGCUCCCAGGUUUACAUUCAGGAGACAACAAGAACGAUCACCGAAUAAAUAAUUCACAACAGUUGCAAAAACAACUGAACACAUUUUUAUUGUAAUUUAAAGUUUAUGAAGUAACGGAAAUCCCGGCAACAACAACAACAACAACAACAACUAUAUAGCAAACAACUGCAUUGGAAUGAAAGGGAGAAAAAAUACAAAAAAAAAAAAAAAAACAAUGAGACCAACAACAACCACGACAACUGCUUCGGUUUUCAAGCGCGAGCUUUCUAAUGAGCGAAGUUCGCAGAAACUCCCACAACGCAGCCGUUUAUGUAUUUUUAAAUUAAACAAAUGAACAACAAAUAAACCAUCUAAACUAAA